AUGAGCUUCCACCUGCCAGGCAACAAUGUGCAAUUAAGUUCAUGGUGUUCCCAGAACCAGCAGGAACCCAGGAUUCCCCAGCGUGGUCUCAGCUAUGCACUCGUUGUCUCCCACAGGGCCAAGGUGAAGAAAGGCGUGAACAUCGUUGGGGUGAGAGCCAGCAGCCCUUCCAUUUGGGAUGUCAGGGAGAGCACAGAUUAUACUGGGAAGUAUGCACCAGCUGUCAUCCUUUGUCAGAAGAAAUCUACUGGCUCGGAAAACAGUGUGGAUGGCGCCUCCUAUGAAGUCAUGCAGAUCGACAUAGAAAUCGAAGAGCCCAGUGACAUGCCCACCACACAGCUCGUCACAUGGCAGGUUGAAUAUCCAGGAGACAUCACUUCUGACUUGGGUGUAUCCAAGAUCUACGUGAGCCAAAAGGACUUGAUCGCUGUCAUACCUCUGGCCAUGAAGUACUUUUACUGUCAGAAGUGA